AGUUCUACACAAUUAUCGUGUUUCCUUGUUCUAGUUCUUUGUUUGCAGAAUUUCUGUAAAAAUAACCGGGCCUGAAAUGAGUUCCCCUCGUUUCAAACCUGUAGAAUUGUGGUGGGAAAACUGCCCACGGAGUGAUUAAUGUUACAAUUGAUCACGCGAGGCAGAAGAAGCACACAGCGCGAGUAAAGAGAGACAGAGACUGAAAAUAAACCUGGCCAUGAAGUAUAAUAAUCACAAUCAUUAAUUGUCAUGAACCAUAAAAGAGUUCUAAAGUUCUGGUGAAGAUUUGGAGCCCAGGUUGUUUUUAGAUGAGCAACUUGUUUUACUGUUUUCUUGGCCAGUCUCCCUUGUAAAAUACAACCAUGCGAUUAACCUUGUUAAAUCAAAGCUAGAUAGAUUAAAUAAACUGGACUUUGUCCGUUUUUAUACACCGUCUUUGAAAAACAGCCUGGUGUCCUGUGGCUCGUAAAAACGAGGAAGUCCAGAGUUGGAUGUGAUUGGUGUUUUGCAUCCCGUUGCCAAAUAAAGAUUUAUGCUCCUGUGUUACCGUGGAGAAAAAACCCCAAACAAUUGGACAGGGUUUAAUUUAUAAUCCCUGCUGUGCUUUCACGGGGGAUUGAUGAAAAAUUAAACCUGAUGUCUUGUAUUCAUGGGGCUUAACUGUGCUCCCAGAGGACUGCAGGCUGGAUGUGACAAGUGAGCUCCUUCAAAUGUAAAGCAGGGGGCUUGGUGUUAAAUUACCUCUGCUGUCUGACAGAUGUGUGUGUGUGUGUGGUGAUUACGUUCUCCGGCUGACCUUCACAAACACGUAAAGAUGCAGAGCGCGGGAGACCUCAGCGUUGGAGGCUCCACUUUGAUUUUCCGUGUCUGAAGCAGUUUGGUGGAUUUAUGACGCGGCCGUAAUUCGGGAGAGAUGUGUUUCUCUCGUGCCAGGCAUGAUGGUGUGAGGCCUGCCGCACGAGGACAAACCAUGAUGGAGGAGGCUGCCAGUCAGCUGGAGAGAGCGCACGUGCACAGCGUCUAUGACAAGAUCGCUCCGUAUUUCAACGACAGCCGCUACAAAGCCUGGCCCAAAGUACGGCAGUUUCUGCUGGACCUGGAGCCGGGGAGCAUCGUCGCUGACAUCGGGUGUGGCAAUGGCAAGUAUCUUCACAUCAACAAGGAGGUGUUCAAGCUGGGCUGCGACGUCUGUCGCCCCCUGGUGGACUUCGCCUGGAGCCAAGGACACGAGGUCCAGAUGUGUGACGGACUGCGGUUGCCUUACAGGGACGGCUGCUUCGACGCCGUGCUUUCCAUCGCAGUCAUCCAUCACUUGUCCACCAAAGAGCGGCGCAUCCGAGCAAUAAGGGAGAUGGCUCGCACCCUGCGCGUGGGCGGACGCCUCAUGAUCUACGUGUGGGCCAUGGAGCAGAAGCGCCGCAAGUUUGAGAAGCAGGACAUCUUCGUUCCCUGGAACCCGAACCCUCAGUCCACCUCGGAGCACGGUAAGACCAGGAGGAGAGCCGCGGCGCAGAGCGUGAGCGAAGCCCUGGACAACAGUGACAAGCACAGGAAGGUGAGAAGCACAUCGUCCGUCGCCGACGACGAAGACCUGACCUGCAGCGUGCCACAGCAGAGGACGCAGAGACUCUGGUUCUUCUCCAGGUCUCUGGACUCCGUGUUCGACUUUGGCAACUUGACCGUCUCGCGCUCGUCCUCCAGAGACAUGAGCACUCUGUUGUCGCCCACCGGCGAAAGCGAGGGGAGCAAGUCAAGCCAGGGCGGGAGAGGACGGGGACUCAUCAAGCAGGUGUCCAGCUUCUUCUCUCCUCCGUCUGUGAUCGGCUCAGAGGAGGACGUCUUCGACGCGGUCACGGAUCUGCACAGGGGACAAACUUACGGCGGAGGAGGCGGCGACAACAACAACGGCACGGAAAGCCAGGCCGUCUCGGUGUCUUUGGCCCAGGAGUGCGGCUCCCUGGCUCUGCCGGACCUGGUGCCUUUCCAGAAGGAGCACCUGAAGCAGUCGGGAGGUGAAAGUGAAGGAAGAGAGCAGCAGCAGCAGCAGCAGGAAAGCACAAAGAGUCCUCAGGGGGACGAGAGGCAGGUGGACGCCUCCUGCCUGAGGUACUACCACGUCUUCAGGGAGGGAGAACUGGCAGAGCUGAUAGAGAAUCACGUGGACGAGCUUCAUGUCACACACACCUACUUCGAUCACGCCAACUGGUGCGUGGUGGCAGAGAAAGUCCAGUUGUGGAAAAUAUGACAUUUUUCCCUUUUUUUUUUGUUCAUAAUCCUUUUAUUUAUUUAUUUAUUUAUUUUUUUUAGACUUUGCAUCAACUCUGCCUCGAGUUUUAACCUUUUUUUUGUUACUGAAAAAAAAAAACAAUGGAGACGUAGCCACUUUUUAACACUAAAGUAAACCAUUCCAGCGAGGUUGUAUAUGAGGUGUUUACAUGGUCGCCGUCAGUGACAGACGAGAAAAAAACUGGUUUUAGGCGUUAAAUCAAAGGCUCAUCUUAACGUAACAAUUUAUUAAGAUAAACUUUUGCUGCCUUUUCACCCUGCCGUCCCACACCAAAGUCCCAUUGAAAAAUUUUUUGUUUUUAGCUCAUGGCAACACGGGAGCUGCUGGUCUACUGCUGCAAUGUUUUGGCCCAUUUGUGCCUCUUUUUUUUUAUUCUGUAGCCAUAUUAUUAGGAACAGUGAGUGUUUUAGGCAGAUUCUCGUAUACACCUCAUACAGUGACAUUUUAAUGACCCCCUUUAAUUAUUUCAAUUCAGCAGUGUUCAGCAAUGGCUACGUCUGUAUAUUCCACCACUAUUUUUUUAAAAGUAUUUAUUCUGCUUCAGUUUUGUGUUUAAAGCCAGUGAGCAGUAUCCACACACCGACUGCCUGCUCCCAUUUUUAGUGUCAAUAUUUGAAUUUUUUUCACCCAAAACGCAGCAAAUUGUGGGAUUUUUAGAGUUUUAAAGCAGGAUUACAGCAGUGGAGAUGUUAGAAAAUACAAUUUUUCCUCUUUGGAGUCAUUAUGACACGAGGUGAAAAGGGCCACACUCUUGAAGGUCCAUAGCGCUAUCAUUGUUCUUAUUAUUAUAAUAAUUAUUCCCGCGCACUCUGACCUCCCUGAUAUCUGAAGUCACAUGACACUGCUGCUGCUCAAUGAUCUCGUGCUUCAGGCUCAGUUUGGCGAGUAUUUUCAGUUCCUUUCGUUUCCUUUUUUUUGUCCUGAAACCUCUCGGUAAAACAGGCCACGGGGAGUUUUGCAUAUUCAAACAUCAACAUCGGCAAACGUGUUUUUUUAAGCAACUUGUUUUAGCCUUUUUUUUUUGAGCACUUCUGAGCAAACACGCUGGUUUGCCUGACUUCCUUCGAUAAAAACACAGUAGUGGAUGAUUAUACGUUGGUUUUUGUUUCAGGCACUUUUGUUUUGUUUGUUUUUAAGGCCAGAAGUUCUCCACCACUUCGAUCUACUUAUGAUUCAUUUUAUUGAAGAAAAUUCAGUGUAUAGGAUUCAGUAACAUCUAACAGUGCUCGUAUAUCGUUGCCUUCAAGUGACGCAAGGACAUGAAACAUCCUCUCGAGGGUCAGUGUUUCUGUCCCGAUCUGCUGUAGAAACGUGGUGGACAAUUUCCUUGUCGGGGUUGACUUUAAAAGCCCAGCGUGGGAAAAUGAGUGACAUCUAGUGGUGAAAUUGUAGAUUGCAGCAGUUUCCGCGAUGGGACUUGACGUAAAAGUGGACGUCCAGUUUAUGAAACAAACUAAAAACAUGCAAUUUGAUCACGUCCGUCAUGGAACCACGCACACAAGAAAGAAAAGAAAAUGAAUGAAAACGCAACACUUUGUAGUUUCAGGUGAUUACAUUUAAAUGAUGCUCCAUUUCUCGCUGAUAGAUCCCACUGAAUCCUUUACACUGGACCUUUUAUUGCACUGAUUUUACUCUGACUGCCUGUUUUUACGUGUGUACAACUCUGACUUCAAUCUGGCACCAAGUGUCAGGGAUGGAGUGGAAUACAGAUAUAAUUGGGUCACGUGAACCACGACGCCGUAAACACAUUUAUGCUGAAACGUUAACCACCAACCGACGACGAAAUAAGCAGUGACUCAGCUAAAGUGCUGUCGUUGAUUUUAGCCUGUGUGUCUAGUGAAGUGUGCGAUAUUUCAGGACGAUCUGAUCUUGCGUUUUUUUUCCGCGCUCCGGUGUCCGAGCCACUCAUUUUUUGGACCGAUAUCCAUAGUAAGUAUUAUAUCAGCUCAUCCCUGAGCUGAGAAUAUCAUAAACACUAUUAUUAUACAGGAAAAACUAAAGAAAAACAACUCUAAUAUGUGCAGAAUAUCUUCCAAAACCAUUUGUGUCUUUAGCUCGGUGUGUUUUCUUCAAAGAACGCUGUUGUUUUUCACAUCCGUAACCGUCGUGUAGUUGUCUCGUAACAAGCAGAUUGUGCCACUGGUGUGUUUCAACAAAUCAACUGCCUCCUCCUCCUCCUCCUCCUCCUCCAACUGUGAUUGAAUUGAUUGCACUGUAACACAAAGUCUCCACGUCGCUGCUCGAUGUCGGUGAAGGACGGACACACCGGAGGUAAAAACUUGACGAUCUGUGUCUUUCCCGCCACGGAACGGUGAGGAACGUCAUCAUCAAACUGAAUGUCUUACGAUGUUAAAUGUUUUUAAAUGAGUUUUUCCUUUAUUAAAUAUUUUUCAUUCA